AUGCGUUCCACGCUUCUCUUUUCCUCCCUGGCGGCCAGCGCCUGUGCCAAUGUCUUCGGAACGGUUUAUGUGACCGAAUGGACCACCACCACUGUCACCAAAACCUUCACCGAGUGGCCCAGCUUGAAGACCAACGGCCCUGUCAACAAGGGCACAGCCUCCAUCCUGAAUUCUGCCGUCAAGGAGGAAACUGAUAGCCCCGUCUUGACCUCCCCUAUCGUCGAGGUGGCUGCCGACUCCGACUCGACCUCCUCCGUCGCCGAGGUGGCUGCCAACUCCGUCUCGACCUCUUCCGUGGUCGAGGCCACUUCUAGCGUCGCUGCCACCUCUUCUGUCGAGGCUAUUUCCAGCGCCGCUGCCACCUCUUCCGUCGAGGCCAUUUCUAGCGUCGCUGCCACCUCUUCUGUUGAGGCCAUUUCCAGCGCCGCUGCCGCCUCUUCCGUCGAGGCCAUUUCUAGCGCCGCUGCCACCUCUUCCAUCGAGGCCACUUCCAGCGUCGCUGCCACCUCUUCUGUCGAGGCAGCUUCUAGCCCCGCAGAAACCUCCGCCGUCCAGUCCACUUCCGCAGUAACCUCGUCUGCCUCUUCUACUGUCUCUGCUUCCGCCGCUCCCUCUGCCUCUGUCGCUGCCUCUAGUGGCGCUACCAACUCCUACGAGGAGAUGGUCAUUUUCAACCACAACAUCCACCGCGCCAACCACUCUUCCCCCGACCUGACCUGGUCUCCCAAGCUCGCAGCUAGCGCCCAGACCCUUGCCUCCCGCUGUGUCUUUGCCCACGAUGUUUCCAUUGACGGCGGUGGCUACGGACAGAACCUUGCAUCCGGUAUCGCUGCCGAGUAUGUCGGCGCCGCCAUCAGCAGUGCCUUCUACAACAACGAGGCACCCCGGUUCGCCGACGAGUACGGAAAGGCCAACCCCGAUACUAGCUACAUGACCUGGGGUCACUUCUCCCAGGUCGUCUGGAAGAGCACUACCGAGGUCGGUUGCGCCACCGCUGAGUGCUCUGGUCAGGCUCCUAUCACCGUUUGCAACUACUCACCCCCCGGUAACUACGGCGGCAUGUACGCAGAAAACGUCCUGGCACCCAAGGGCGAUGCUCCCUACCAAUUCCAGGCAUAA